GGCCCUUUCAACCCCAAUUGCCCGGCAGAUUUUACUCCGUGCUUCGAAGACACUGUUCUCAGACUGAUUCCGGUUGUCUUUCUGCUGGUCGCAGGCAUCCCUCGCUUGGUUAAGCUGUCGAAGCAAUCAUCCUUGACCCAUCCCUCAAAAAAUUGGCGCCAGAUCGGGAUCAUCGUUUUGAGCAUUGUCACUGCCCUUAUCAUUGUCCAAGGAUGGCGCAGGGAUAGCAGUGCGCAUCUCAGCAUCGAAUUCCUGUCCGCCAUUGUUGAACUCGGAGCUUUGGCCAUUGCGUUUCUGCACACAGUUAUCGAGAACCGAAAGAGCCCUUUCUCAUCUGACGUGCUCCUGGUUUUUUGGCUAUUCUUGAUCGGCAGCACAGGAAUCAAACUUCGCACAUUGGCCUUGGGAUGUCCUCCUAGCGAUUUGACCACGACCUAUUUGACUGCUGGAAAGUUGAUCCUAGCUAUCGUGGUUUUUGCACUGGAAUGUGUUCGCAAGGAUGCUGGAAUUCGCCUCGAUGGUGAUGAUUAUCAAAAGUGCCCUGAGGACGAGGCCAACAUCUUUUCCAUUGCCUCCUUCCAUUGGGUGACGGGAUUAAUGCGCAAGGGCUAUGCAAAUCCGCUGACGUUUGAUGAUCUCUGGGUGCUACGAAAGGAGGAUCAAUCCAAGAAUGUGUCGAUCACCUUUGAGGAGGCAUGGGAGAGGGAGCUCAAGAAGAAAAGUCCGAGCCUCAUCCACGCCAUCUCUGCAGCCUUUGGAAAGCCAUUCUAUAUUGCCGGUAUCUGGAAGGCUGUAAACGACAUUCUUGGAUUUAUGCAACCUGUGCUUUUGCGUGAGAUGCUACGCUUCGUCAUGAGCUACAAGACCGACAGCCCUCAGCCAAUCUACCGUGGAUACAUCAUUGCUUGUCUCAUGUUUGCGUGCAGUGUGUCACAGACGACGGUCCUGCACCAAUACUUCCACCUCUGCUUCCGGACUGGAAUGCACAUUCGCGCUGGACUUGUCACCGCCAUCUACCAAAAAUCUCUCAGGCUAUCCAACUCGGCCCGCCAGACAUUCACUGUAGGCGAGAUUGUCAACCACAUGUCAAUCGAUGCUCAGCGGUUGCAGGACCUGGUCACCUAUCUCCACGUCGUCUGGAGCGGACUGUUCCAGAUCGGAAUCGCGCUGUAUCUACUCUUCGAUACUAUGAGCUGGGCUAUUUUCGCAGGGGUAACGAUCAUGAUCCUGAUGAUCCCCCUUAACGCAAGAUUGUCCGUGUUUAUGAAGAACUUCCAGCAGCAGCAAAUGAAGAACAAGGACACGCGUAUUAAGCUGAUGAACGAGUUGCUGAACGGCAUCCGUGUUAUCAAGCUAUAUGCUUGGGAAAACACAUUCCUGCAAAAGGUCUUGACCGUCAGGAACGAUCAUGAAUUGGCCACCAUGAAGAAGAUCGGAUAUCUCUCCGCAGUUCAGAGCUUCACUUGGGCUUGCACGCCAUUCUUGGUCUCGCUUGCAACAUUUUCGGUCUAUGCGUUGGUCAUGAAGAAGCCCAUGACCACGGACAUCGUCUUCCCUUCGAUCUCAUUGUUUAACUUACUUCAAUUCCCUCUCUCCAUGUUCCCCAGCGUCAUCAGCUCCUGUGUUGAGGCCUACGUCGCUUUGGGUCGUGUACGCAAGUUCUUGACCAGUGCAGAAGUAGAUCCUCAUUCUAUCAUCAUCGAAGACUCUCGCAAGUUGUCUGGACGCAGUGCUUCGGAUAAGUACGCCGUCUUGAUGAAGGAUGCCUCCUAUGGCUGGUACAAGAACUCUACGCCGGUCAUUUCGGACAUCAACCUCGCCCUGAAGACGGACUGUCUGCUGAGCAUUAUCGGCCGUGUUGGUUCCGGAAAGAGCUCGCUCAUCUCAGCUCUCUGCGGUGAUCUGGAGCGCGUGUCGGGCGAGAUCCGCAUCCGUGGCUCUGUGGCAUAUGUCCCACAACAGGCAUGGAUCAUGAACGGCACUUUGCGCGACAACGUCCUCUUCGGUAACUCGUACGACCCUGUCUUUUAUCAGAAGACAAUCGAGGCGUGCUGUCUGCAACAGGACUUCGACAUGUUGCUGGGUGGCGAUCAAACCGAGAUCGGCGAGCGCGGCAUUAACUUGUCCGGAGGUCAAAAGGCCAGAAUCUCGUUGGCCCGUGCCGUCUAUGCCCGCGCAGAUAUCUACCUCUUUGACGAUCCUCUCUCUGCUGUGGAUGCUCAUGUCGGUCGUACCAUUUUUGAAAAGGUCAUUGGUCCUAAGGGUUUGCUGGCAGGGAAGGCCCGUAUCUUGGUUACACAUCAGAUCCAGUACUUGGCGCAGUCGACCAGUAUCAUGAUGCUUCGCGAAGGACAGGUUGUUGAGCAGGGUACUUAUCAGGAACUGAUGAGAAAGAAGUCGGAUGUCUAUCAGCUGGUUUCUGAGUACGGAAAUGAUUCGAACGAGGAAGGGUACGCGGAGGAUCAGCAGGAAACCGAGUUGAUGGUCGAACAAAUCAUCCAUCUUGAGGAGGAUGUAGUGAGUACAGAUGACUUCCCCGCGGAAGAAACAUCGUUGUUGUCGACCACUCCUCGCUCUGCUCGUCGAGACAGUAUUCGUAGCAGUAACAGUGUCCGCACCCUCCGUCGUCCUUCCGUGGCUUCAGUUCAGCAACGCAACAGCAAGAUCGCCAAGGCUGAUCAACCCAACAAUAACAUUAUCACCGAGGAGCAGAUGAAGCAGGGAAGCGUGCAUAGAAGCGUCUACCUUGCGUAUGCCAAGGCGUGUUCAUAUUCCUCCGUCUUCUUGUAUAUUUUCUCAAUGGUAUUUUCUCAGGGCGCCUCAAUUUCGACUUCUCUCUGGCUGACACACUGGAGCAGCGACAACGAUGCAGGAAAGCGUGAGCAUAGCACCAUGUACUACAUCGGUAUCUACGCUGCAUUGGGCAUGUCGUACUCGCUUUUGACCGUCUUCCAGUCGAUCAUCCUUCAAGUCCACUGUGGUAUCAGGUCAGCACGCGUACUGCACCAGGAGAUGCUACUCAGCGUUUUGCGCUCGCCCAUGAUGUUCUUCGAUACCACGCCCAUGGGACGCAUUCUCAACCGUUUCAGCAAGGAUCAAUCGACUAUUGACGAGGUCUUGCCGCGCUCCUUUUCGGGCUACUCUCGCACGCUGUUCCAGGUCGCGUCUGUCCUGGUCGUCGUUACAUUUUCAACACCCAGCUUUAUUGUCGUCAUCAUUCCCUUUAGCUUUAUCUAUUUGUGGUUGCAGCGAUACUACCUUGCGACAUCUCGUGAAAUCCGUCGCCUGGAUUCUGUCUCUCGAUCGCCCGUAUUUGCACACUUUCAGGAGACCCUUGGAGGCAUCAGCACUAUUCGGGCUUAUCGUCAGCAGGACCGCUUCGUCCAGGGUAACGAGUAUCGUCUGGAUCAGAACCUGCGUGCGUACUACCCCAGCAUCGCCGGCAACCGUUGGUUGGCCUUCCGACUUGAGACCUUGAGCUCGAUCGUCAUCUUUGGAUCCGCAUUCUUGGCGGUGGUGUCUUUAUCAAGAGGAAUUGCCGUCGACCCUGGUCUGGUCGGAUUGUCGUUGACAUAUGCACUCAGCAUUACACAGACCCUGAACUGGAUGGUCAGACAGUACACCGAGAUUGAGUCCAACAUUGUGUCGGUGGAACGCUUGCAAGAGUACGUCGAAUUAAAGCCCGAGGCAUCCGAGAUCAUCCCAGACCAUCGUCCUCCACAAGAGUGGCCUUCUGAGGGUCGUGUCGACUUUGUGAACUACGAGACGCGCUACCGUCCAGGAUUGGAGCUGGUCCUCCGAGGAGUCAAUUGUUCGAUCCAGGCGCACGAAAAGAUUGGAAUCUGUGGCCGAACCGGUGCAGGAAAAUCAAGCCUUACUCUGUCUUUGUUCCGCAUUAUUGAGGCAGUGCAUGGACAGAUCUUUGUCGAUGGGAUCGAUAUCUCAACUCUAGGCCUGUAUGAUGUCCGAUCACGGUUUUCGAUAAUCCCACAGGACCCAGUCCUGUUUGCAGGCACCAUCCGGUUCAACUUGGAUCCGCUUGGAACGAAAUCGGAUUUGGAGCUGUGGCAGGCGCUUGAGGAUUCUUACCUCAAGGAUUAUGUCUCUCAGAUGGAAGGUGGGCUGAACGCAAUGGUGUUAGAGGGUGGUGACAACUUUUCCGUGGGUCAGCGCCAGCUGAUUUGCUUGGCCCGUGCGCUUCUCCGCAAGACCAACCUGCUUAUUUUGGAUGAGGCUACGGCAGCGAUCGAUCUGGAGACGGACGCGUUAGUGCAGGCCAUUAUCCGUAGAAAGUUUAGCGACUGCACGAUUUUGACGAUCGCACAUAGGAUCAACACAGUGAUGGACAGUGACCGGAUCAUGGUACUAGACCAGGGUCGGGUGGCCGAGUUUGACACACCAGCCAAGUUGCUUGGGAAUCCAUCGUCGAUCUUUUACUCGCUGGCUAAGCAAGCAGGCCAGGUCUGA